AAGAGUACCACAUGUGUUUUGCAGCUAAGCUGAAGGUUAAAGCAGCGGGCAGAAUCCGCCGAAAUAAAGUUUCACCGUGACGGAGAGUUCGUGCCCUGAAGCUCGCACAUGGACCCAGUGAAGGCACAGCAGCUGGCGGCCGAGCUGGAAGUGGAAAUGAUGGCUGACAUGUACAACCGAAUGACCAACGCUUGCCACAAGAAAUGUGUCCCGCCACACUACAAAGAGGCGGAGCUUACAAAGGGUGAGUGUGUGUGCUUGGACCGCUGUGUGGCCAAAUACCUCGACCUUCACGAGAAGCUAGGACGCAAGCUGACGGAGCUGUCUGUGCAGGACGAGGAGACCAUGAGGAAGGCCGCGCUCGGGAGCGGGUAGGGACCGCCAUCAAGUGGAGGAUUGUGGGGGAUUUAACACAUUUUGGGGUUAACGCAUCUGGUUUCUUUAUAUGAGAGACAAAAACAUGAAAAGAGUGAUUUAAAAAUGUUGAUGAUGGGCCACGAAGAGAACCCGCCGCCUCUACUGUGCCGGACGACCGGACGAAUCAACGUCGUCUGCAUGUUUGGAUUCAUGACGAUGCCGAGAAUCUACCUCCGGCUGUCGGCCAGCCUCUCUGCAGCUGUGAAGUGACUGCUCCUGUCACAGUGACCUGACCCUGUUCGGCCGGAGUCAUCUGACGUUUGACUGCGCAGAGAGCCGGCGUGGAGUGUGUCAAACUGACUGUUUUUGUUUUAGUACCUGAAGUCUUUGCGAUUACUGGCAACUUUGAAAUCUGUAUUUGGAGCUCAUGAAGCUUUUGGGUAUGUGUAAAUGAUAUAUAUAAUCCUGGUGAUAUAUAUAUAUUUAUAUAUAUAUAUCACCAGGAUUUUUUUUUUUUUCUUCACAGCAUAGUGGGGAACAUAGCAGGGCAUAACCGCACAACGAGUGUUGCAGGUGUGAGUAUUGUAGGAGGGUCUGCGCCCCCCCAGUACAAUUUGAAAUUUAGAAUCCUUUCCUUCCACUUUGUGUUGCAAACUGGGGUGUUAAAUGAUGUGCGAUAGGUCCUUUAAAAAUGGGGGAAAAAAAAAUACAAACAGAAAAGCCCCCCCCAUGCUGGUUAAAUCACAGUGUAGGGGCCCCCUAUGCUUGAGAACCCUGUGUGUGUGUGUGUGUGUGUGUGUGUGUGUGUGUGUGUGUGUGUGUGUGUGUGUGUGUGUGUGUGUGUGUGUGUGUGUGUGUACGUACACACAUAUAUAUAAUGUACACACACACAAUAGAGGUGCUGGAAAAAUUUGACUGUACCGGCACUAAUGGUAAAUCUCACCCAGGUGGAGAUAUCGCUCCAUUUCAAAAACAAGAACCACGGGUUUCCAGAGUACAGCGUAAGAACGGUCGCGGCUUCAUUCUGCCUUAACUUGGUGAACCGCACUGCUAAA